ACAGAGCUUGUGCUUAAUUAAUUGGCUUUAAUGCUUAUCCUCUAUAAAAUACAACUUUCAUUUCAUCGAUCCCACUUUUACUCUCUCUCUCUCUAGCCACAGAAGAGAAGAGUUUGUUAGAACACACACACACUCUCUCUCUCUCUCCCAAUUCGAGUAAUUUCUCCUCUCUCUCUGUCUCUCUCUCUCUCCUUCCCAAUUCAAUCCCUUUCAUUCGUUUUCCGUGUCAUGAGCACCUCCUCGUGAUUCUCUUACCACUUAUCUAGAGAGAGAAACAAGUUCGAGCCGUACCAAUGGUUCCACACUUCAAUUCUCGCGCUGAUUUUUUGGGGCUACAAAAGUAUUGCGUGCUUUCGUCGGCUCCGAGAUUCGAAUUUUUUGGCGUCUUUCUUGCCAUCGAUUUGGGGCUCUGCUGUCUCUGCAAGCCUUAGCUUAACCUUAAUUCCAUCCCAACUCCCCAUUCAUUUAAUUCAAUUGCUCUUCUUGAUUUCUACAAACAAAAAAAUAAAAGGGUUUCGAUCUCUAGAGAUUUGUUUUCUUCUUCUCAUUAGAGUGAAUUAUAAUUUUUUUUUUUUUUAAACGGGGUUAUUUUUUUUCCCCUCAUAGAUCUAUUUCCUCUCCAUCUUUUCCACAUUAUUGUUGUUAUGUGUAAAAGUGUCUUACCCUUUUCCCUCCACCAUUUGUACGAUUUAUCGAAGAUUGAUUGAUUAAUUGAUUGUCUGUACCUUGUGAAUUGGUUUGAUUCGAAAUGUGGAGUGAUUUGAGAAAUUUCCGAUUCUGUACAAUCUCUCUAUCUUAGAUAAGAAUUUGGAUUAGGAAUUUGUUGUAAGAACUUUCAGGACGGAUCCUCGCGGAGAAAAUAGGGGUUGGGGUUGUGACUGCGUGGCGGGUCUGGAGUGCAUAUUGAAUAUAAUCAGGGCCCUGUUAAUGGGUUCCUGCUUGUCCGGAGAAAGCAGGAGCCCUAGGGCAGGGUCGCCGUUGGGUGGUUUGAAGAGGAAGAAGAGGCUGGGGUCGAGGAAUUCGUCGUUCGACUAUGGCAGGGAUGAUCAGCUGCAUCGAACUCCGGGGAGGAUGUUUGUUAAUGGCUCCAGUGAUCGGGCGUCGCUCUUCACUCAGCAGGGGAAGAAAGGGACCAAUCAAGAUGCCAUGCUUGUUUGGGAGAACUUCUGUUUGCGAAAUGAUACAAUCUUCUGCGGUGUUUUCGAUGGCCACGGGCCGUACGGUCAUUUGGUUGCGAGACGAGUGAGAGAUUCCCUUCCCCUAAAGCUGAACGAACAUUGGGGCGCUAGUGUCAAGAUCGGUGACGGUCAUAAAGAGCCCAGUUUAAAUAAUUCGAGCGGCGUGUGCUCGGAAGAUACGCCAUUUUUAGCAUCCAACAACGAAGCUAGAGCUUCUGCCGACGAAGAAAACGAAUGGCGUACGGAGGAGCCGUUGCAUGGAUUGAAGGAGUCGUUUCUCCGGGCGUAUAAGGUCAUGGACAGGGAGUUACGAUCGCAUACAAAUAUCGAUUGUUUCUGCAGCGGAACGACGGCCGUGACUCUGGUGAAACAGGGUCGAGAUCUUGUCAUUGGCAACGUCGGUGAUUCUAGGGCCGUGUUGGCUACUCGCGAUGAAAAUAAUUAUCUUUCCGCCGUCCAAUUAACGGUGGAUCUCAAACCUAGCCUUCCCGGGGAAGCGGAGAGGAUUCGAAAAUGCAAAGGGCGCGUCUUUGCCCUUCAAGACGAGCCCGAGGUAGCGAGAGUGUGGCUACCGAACUACGACUCUCCCGGUCUUGCUAUGGCCCGCGCAUUUGGCGAUUUUUGCCUCAAGGAUUUCGGCCUUAUCUCGGUUCCCGAAGUUUCCUACCGGCGCAUCACAAAUAGGGACGAGUUCAUCGUUUUAGCGACGGAUGGGAUUUGGGACGUGCUCUCGAACAAGGAAGUCGUCGACAUCGUCGAUUCUUGCGCUGCCCGCGCAAAUGCCGCGCGAUCCCUCGUCGAGUCGGCAGUCCAGGCUUGGAGGUGCAAGUAUCCGACUUCGAAAGUCGACGAUUGUGCUGUCGUUUGCCUUUUCCUCGACCCGAAUGAAUCUGAAAAUUCCGGCCGCGAUAAUUCGUCGUCCGGUGGCGGCGCUCGGCCAAACCGGUCGGGCCAUGAGGAGGUUUCGGAAGCUGAAGAGGAAUGCUCGGAGGACGACCAUCGAUGGUCCGCGCUGGAAGGGGUCUCGCGCGUAAAUACGCUGAUGGAUUUGCCGACUUUCAAACCGCAGAAAGACGACGGCCACGCCGGAAAAUAAAAGCCCGAAUACAAUUCGGUGGCGCCGCCGGCCCCGCGGCCGCCGGAUUUCUAAAUUUAAAUUUUUAUUUGUGUCUUUACAUAAUUCUCUAAUCUUUUUGAGAAGAAGAGAAGCUCAAGAACAGGUUUUUAGAGUAGUCUCACGUGAAAUGUUUUAAUAUUUUUUUUUUGUUUAAUGUUUCUUUCUUAACGUAAGUACUUCGAUUUUUGACAUACAGAGGACGAAGGGUUUGCUGUUUUGCUGCAUAUUGACUUUGUUGUUUUGGUUCCACGGUUUUAUUAGUAAAAUAAUACUCUUUUCUA